AUGUCCUUCUCCAGCCUCGUCCAGGACCUCUCAAUGCGGUCAGCUGCUGACGCCCGCAACAACCGCGAAGACGCUUCGAUGACAUCCGCCGCCUCCACGAUGGAUGGCCUGGCUUCCCGGACGUCCCACAUCUCUCGUGCCAUGUCCUACACCAGUACUGCUGCCACGAGCGUGAGCAUCUCUGGAGACAUCUCCAGCCAGCUUCACGGAGGAUACAGCCAUGCCCUGGCGCGGUCGUGGCAAGCAGAGAGGCAACUCACAAAGUCUAUGCUCAUCUAUCCCCUUUUCGUUUCCGACCAAGAUGACGAAGAAGUCCUCAUCCCAUCCCUCCCGAACCAGUACCGCCGCGGCAUAAACAAACUGAUCCCUUUCCUCGAGCCACUGGUCCACAAGGGCCUCCGUGCCGUCAUGCUGUUCGGUGUGCCCCUCAACCCCGGCACCAAAGACGCUUUGGGCACCGCCGCAGACGACCCCAAGGGUCCCGUCAUCAGCAGUAUCCGACUUCUUCGACAACGCUUCCCCCAGCUCUACAUUACAGCAGACGUCUGCCUCUGCGAGUACACUUCUCACGGCCACUGCGGUAUCCUUAGGGAUGACGGCAGUCUGAACAACCAACUCUCUGUGGACCGCAUCUCCGACGUCGCCAUCGCCUAUGCCCAGGCAGGCGCUCACUGCGUAGCGCCAUCCGACAUGAAUGACGGCCGGAUUCGUGCCAUCAAGCUCAAGCUGAUUGAGGAGGGAAUCGCACACAAGACACUGUUGAUGUCCUAUGCCGCCAAGUUCUCUGGUUGCCUGUACGGCCCCUUCCGCGACGCCGCUGGGUCGUGCCCUUCCUUUGGCGACCGGAAGUGCUACCAAUUGCCGCCAGGAGGCCGCGGUCUCGCCCGUCGCGCAAUUGUGCGCGACAUCGGCGAAGGUGCCGAUGUGAUCAUGGUCAAGCCUGCAAGCCAGUAUCUGGAUAUCAUUUCAGAUGCGAAGGAGCUUGGCAAAGACCUUCCUAUCGCCGCUUACCAAGUCAGCGGGGAGUUCGCCAUGAUCCAUGCUGCUGCAAAAGCCGGCGUGUUCGACCUCAAGACCAUGGCGUUCGAAUCGACUGAGGGCAUUUUGAGAGCAGGAGCGACGAUAGUUAUCAGCUACUUCACACCGGAGUUUUUGGACUGGCUGUCCACCUAA